GCGCUUUUAGUCUUUGGAUGACGCACACUUUACGCUGUUUGGUCUUGGACGGAUGAACAACGUCUGUGUUCAUCUUGAAAACAAGCCUGAAAACAACGGGUUAUUUCUGGUUCGGACUACAUUUGGACCUCGUGUAUGCUGACUACUCAAUGAUGGCGGCCACUGUUUGCUCUGCCGAAAGCGUUUGUUGGUGAAAAUUAGACAAAGGUUGAUCCACCACCUCCCCAGAUGUGGCCUCCACCUUUGCUUAGACUCCUGUUCAUGAAUGGCGUGGACAAAUUGAUUGAGCGGCUGUGGCUCGGAUUGGAGGGAUGACAUGGAGACAGGGGAGACACAGGCUGAUGGAAUAUUUACCUAGUGUAGUGUCUCCACACCAGAUCCCUUUAGAAGAGUAAAAAGUAUUUUUUUAUAUAUAUAUAUUUCAAUUCCGAGCUGUGUUUAUUAGUAAUUGUGAAGCCAUAAUCAGCUGACAGCAGCAGACGUCAAGAUGAGCUCUGAGGGUUUUCAGUACAGAGCACUGUACGACUACAAGAAGGAACGGGAGGAGGACAUUGACCUGCACGUUGGAGACAUGCUGUUGGUCAGUAAAGGAGCUCUGCUGGCUCUGGGCUGCAGCAGCGGAGCCGAGGAACAACCAUCGGAGGUCGGUUGGCUGCCGGGAUUUAACGAGACCACACAGGAGAAGGGCGACUUCCCGGGGACAUAUGUGGAGUUUGUUGGCAGAAAGAGGAUGUCACCGCCAACUCCUAAGCCCCGCCCACCCAGACCUCCAUCCGCAGCAUCAGCACGGACAGACUCAGAGUCCGAGGGCUUCCUUCUGCCAGAUCUACCGGAGCAGUUUGGACCCCCGGACUCAGCCCCUCCCCUCCUCACCAGACUGAUGGAAGCCAUAGAGAUCAAAGGUCUGGACAACCCCAGUGUGUACCGCAGUAUGAGUGGAGGAGGCCCAGACACACGGCAGCUGGUCGACACCGAUCUGGAGCAGCUGGAUGUGUCAGCCCUGUGUGAUGGGGUGGUCCGCUUCCUACAGGAUCUCCCGGGUCCUGUCCUGCCAUCUGUGCUCCAGAGUGACAUGAUCCAUGCAGUACAAGAGGUGCGUGACCUGGAGGACUGUGCUCAGGUGAUACGGGGUGUGGCGGCUUCACCAGCGUGCCCGGCUCAGUAUGGCCUGACCCUGCUCAGCGUGGUUCGACACCUGGCCCGGCUUUGUCUGCACGGUCCCAGAAACCAGCUGAGCCCACGAAGCCUGGCUGAGCGCUUCAGUCCGCUGCUGUUCAGACAGGCUGCAGGGUUUGAAGCUACUCUGGAUCCUUUGGUUCAGGUCCUGGAGGUUCUAAUAACCAGUGAGCUCAACAUGAUCCAGGCUGCACCAGCUUUACCUCCUAAACCAGUGAAGUCAUCCACUCCGGUACCUCCCAGUAGUUUCAACAACAGCAUGGCUCUGCAGGACGCCGAGUGGUACUGGGGAGACAUCUCCAGGGAGGAGGUGAACGAGAAGCUGAGAGACACGGCCGACGGAACAUUUCUGGUCCGAGAUGCUUCUACGAAGAUGCACGGAGAUUACACCCUGACCCUGAGGAAGGGAGGCAACAACAAACUGAUCAAGAUCUUCCACCGGGAGGGGAAGUACGGCUUCUCAGACCCUCUGACCUUCAGCUCAGUGGUGGAGCUCAUCAACCAUUACCGGCACGAGUCUCUGGCCCAGUACAACCCCAAACUGGACGUCAAGUUGCUCUACCCGGUCUCCAAGUACCAGCAGGACCAGGUUGUGAAGGAGGACAGUAUAGAAGCUGUGGGCAAGAAGCUGCACGAGUAUCACCUGCAGUACCAGGAGAAGAACCGAGAGUAUGACCGGCUGUACGAGGAGUACACCAGAACCUCGCAGGAGAUCCAGAUGAAGCGAACGGCCAUCGAGGCUUUCAACGAGACCAUAAAGAUCUUUGAGGAACAGUGUCAAACUCAGGAGCGCUUCAGCAAAGAGUACAUUGAGAAGUUCCGUCGGGAGGGCAAUGACAAGGAGAUCCAGAGGAUCAUGGAGAACUACGACAAGCUGAAGUCUCGGAUCAGUGAGAUCGUAGACAGCAAGCGUCACCUGGAGGUGGACCUGAAGAAGCAGGCCGCCGACUACAGGGAGAUCGACAAGAAGAUGAACAGCAUUAAGCCGGACCUGAUCCAGCUCCGCAAGACGAGGGACCAGUAUCUGAUGUGGCUGAUCCACAAGGGAGUCCGUCAGAGGAAGCUGAAUGAGUGGCUCGGCUUGAAGAACGAAACCACCGAGGACGAGUACAGUAUGGUGGAGGAUGAGGAGGACCUUCCUCACCAUGACGAGAGACUCUGGCGUCUGGGGAACCUGAACCGCAGUCAGGCCGAGGCUCUGCUUCGAGGGAAGCGGGACGGGACCUUCCUGGUCCGGGACAGCAGCAAACCGGGCUGCUACGCCUGCUCUGUGGUGGUGGAUGGAGAGGUGAAGCACUGCGUCAUCAACAAGACCAGCACCGGCUACGGCUUUGCAGAACCCUACAACCUGUACGGUUCUCUGAAGGAGCUGGUUCUGCACUACCAGCACACGUCGCUGGUCCAGCACAACGACUCGCUCAACGUCACGCUGGCCUUUCCCGUCUACAGCCAGCGACGGUGACCACCAGCCACGGCUCAGUGGACCGAACGUACUGACCGGAAAAGCUGCGUCGACUGGGACUUCAGGGCUUUAGAUUUAAUGCAUGUUGAUGCUUUUUCUUACCUAUGGAUGCGUUUUCCCGACCUUGGCUCGCCUGCAGCCAGACAACAACCCCACAGACGAAGCAGCCGGGCGGGUUUCCUGUUGUCCAGGCCUCGGCUGAGGAAACCAGACCCACUAAAAUCCAAUCAUCCGACUUCUCCCGAUCAUUUCUAAGUUUCCAACUGUAGGUGGUGAGGUGUCGGAGCUGGUCUGAACUGGAUGACUGCAGCCGAACUCAUUAACACAACGCAUUCAUUGACUCGUGUCAGAGGAGGCUGAAUCUGAUGAGGGCGAAUCUACAGAACCAUGCAACAUCACCUCAUCCUGAGCUGAGGUCCGCUGACAUUUUCACCUCAGUAAAGAUCAGCACAGUCGUCCAGUGAAUUUGAAACUGAGUCUAAACUCUUUUUGACCUUUUGUUGAACACUUCAUUUUUCCACAUUGUUGCUUAGCACAUUCAUGCUCAUUGUUAUUGGUUAUUGUGUUUCCUUACUAAUGUUGUGAUUUCUGAAGCGACCGGGUUCAUGGUGACGCUGUGUUUUCUGACACUUCUUUUAGAUUCAGUGUUGAGACAACUUGAUAAAGAUGAAACCAAACUCGAACAUGAACCAAAUGUGUAAAUAGUGAGUCAUUAAACUUUGAGGCCUGGAAUAAACAUUUUGACGCUUAUA